AUGGUGAGAAACUGUGCAGAUUUGCUCGUCCUGCGGUUUCUCAUGGGAUUCUUUGGUGGACCAGUCGUUACCGGAUUCGCUGUCCAAGCAAAGGGACGGCGCUGGGGACUUUGGGAGAUUGUUUGGUUAACCGGACCUUUAUCUUUGCUACUGUUCUGCGCCCUGCCCGAAACCUCUUCAGAUAACAUACUUCAACGCCGCGCGCAAAGGAUAUAA